GAACCAAACUAUCUAAUGCUAGUUUAUUGGAUUAUUCCUGAAACAAGCUGCACAAACCCUCCCAAUGCAUCCCACCGUGUAAGGGUCGGUGGUCUUGUCCUAAAUGAUAAGAAAGAGGUGCUUGUAGUCCAGGAAAAAAGAGGUAUAUUCCAUGAAAUUGGCCUGUGGAAGAUACCUACUGGGAUAGUUGAAGCGGGUGAGGAGCUUUUAGCCGCAGCUGUUAGAGAAGUAAAAGAAGAGACGGGAAUUGAUACAGAAUUUGUGGAGUUGGCAUUCAGGCACGCAGAUAAUUCACUAUUUAGGAAAUCAGAACUAUUUUUCCUUUGCAUGUUACGUCCUCUUUCUACUGAUGACAUCAAAAAGCAAGAUUUGGAAAUUGAUGUCACAAAGUGGAUGCCGUUUGAGGAAUAUGCUGCCCAUACAGAGAUGCACGAGCCCUUCAAGUAUGAAAAUGAAUUAUGCUUAGCAAAGUUAGAAAGGUUCUAUGCUGGAUUUUCUCCACGACAUAUCUCAUCAUAUUUCAAGGAGCAAUUGAGUUAUCUAUAUUUAAAUAGCCCAUGA